UGCUUGCUUGAUUGUCCAUACCGCCCGUGCUUCCCAAGAUCUAGCGACUGUCCACUCUCCCGAGUCUACUUUGAUAUUUUCGUAGAAUUCUUGCUUGCCAUUUUUCGAAUCCAUCUGAGUGCGGUGGUUUCUCCUUACUGUUUCAUUUGGCAAGCUGCUGCUGCUAUGGACCUUAGUAGAAGCUUAGGGGUAGUAGUCGUCGGUAUCUUUUGAUAUUUCCUUUUAAGUGCAUUUUGUCGUCGUUUUUGUUGAAUUUGAGCUUGUGCGGAACUCAUACAUACUACUUAGAGUGCCUGAGGUCUUAUCAAGUAUUUGACUCGACCAGAUUCUUUUCAAGACGCUAGUAAUUUCCCGGCAGAGAGUAUUCCUGCGUGCUAUAUCGCCAGGUCAAUUCGUGUACAAAUAGGGUGCGAAUACUUGGGAAGUCGAGUCCAAGUUGUUAACUUGGUGAUUUUCUGUGGAGGGACUGCAAUUUCCGACUGUGAAGUGAUAUUAUUGUCUCGAAGGUCUCCUUGAAUGCCUCGAUUUUGUUCGGUUUUCCUUUCAAAGUUGAGUUGGAUCGAAGUUAUAACUCUGGUAGGCAGGAACGUUGUGAGAUAGGAGGAUCGCUAUAGAGAAAGGAAAGCCAAGAAGUCCGGAGAAACCGUUACUCAAAUCUCGUGCAGUUCUGGAUUCUCCUCUUCGGCUUGUAGAUUAUUUGUUUCGUGCGUCGACACUGUCAUGUCCUACCGGGGGUUGUGAUGAUCAGUGACUUUGCUACAGUUGGUGUACGCAGCAUGAAUCUUGCUUUUGCAGUUGGAGUUGCCACGAUCCCACAUCCGGCCAAGGCGCACAAAGGCGGCGAAGACGCAUACUUCGUGAGUGACUAUGGAGGGGGUGUCCUAGGGAUUGCCGAUGGCGUCUCCGGAUGGGCAGAGCAAAAUGUUGACCCAGCAUUGUAUUCCAGAGAGCUCAUGGCUAAUGCUGAGGCUGUUGUUUCUUCUGAGGAGAUGGAUUUUGAUGCACAAAUGCUGCUAGAAAAGGCCCGUACUGCAACGACCUCUAUUGGAGCUGCUACAGUUAUCGUGGCAUUACUGGAAAAGAACGGCAGUCUGCAUGGAGCCAGUGUUGGUGAUUGCGGUCUUCGGAUCCUUCGGCGAGGUCGAAUAGUGUUUGCAACACAGCCACAGCAGCAUUAUUUCGACUGUCCGUAUCAAUUUAGUUCCGAUCCAGGUGGUCAAUCAGCCGCAGAUGCAGUGGUAUUUAAAACAGAUCUCGAGCAGGGGGACAUGGUCGUUUUGGGCUCUGAUGGGCUAUUCGACAACUUAUAUGACCAAGAUAUUGAGUCUGUGCUUAGCACUAUUGGUGGUCCUGAUCAGGACUCUGCCCAACGGGGUGCAAAUGCGUUGGCAGUAUUGGCGAGCAAGCACUCUAGGGAUACCACGUACGAGUCACCUUACACCAAAGAAGCCAUUCAGAAGGGCUUCGAUGUGCCCUGGUACAAGAGAAUUUUAGGACAUAAAUUGACAGGUGGGAAACUGGACGAUAUCACAGUGAUCGUGGCCCAUGUCGUGAAAGAAAAACAUCCUAGUUUUUCAGACAAAGCAAUCAUUGAUCCAGCAGCACCGAAUUUACAGGAUAUUGGUGUUGGUAUCUCGCCGUUUAGCGAUUCUCCACCAAAAGACGGUGUUGAGGAGCCAUUUCUAGAGAAGUUUUCACAAGGGUAGGUGGUAGCCUUGCUGAAGAUUAUUGAUCUCAUUCUUCGAGGAAAUCCUUCGAGCAAUUUCUUUGUGUUAUAUGUAUCAUGUGCACAUCCUUGCUUUUUUUUGCAAGAUUUGUAAUUUUCCACCGCUUCUCAUUUUCAAAACAAAUGCUGGAUAAAUUUUGUAA